AUGGAUAGCGACCUCAAGUACCUUCUCUCCCUCCAAGCCGUCCGAGACCAAGCGUCCAAGGUCUUUGAAUCAGCAAAGCAAGGGAAUCUGAAGCACUUCGACUAUGACGAAAGCCGGAUGGGAGCGGUCGCUGACUAUGUAUCCAAAGUUAUUGAUCGUGACUUUGGACCUGACAAGUACGACACUAUCCCCCCUCAUGGUCGCUGGCAGCAUUUCGAGGUUGGAGACGUCGCACGCGUCGAUGCCCUCGUGAAGCGAUGGUCAAGCGAAGAUGCGGUCGAUCAGACCGAAAUCACUCGACGGUUGGUCGAUUUGUUCUUUGUGUCGGUUCUUCUUGACGCUGGGGCGGGUGAUGUCUGGCGGUUCAAAGAGCCUGAGACUGGUCAGGUUGUCGUUAGAAGUGAGGGCAUCGCUGUGGCGUCGCUUCACAUGUUUGCAGCUGGAUCUUUCAGUUCUGACAGCUCUCUCAAGGAGAAGGUCGAUGCGAAGGGCUUGAUUGAACUGCAAGACAGCAGCUUCGAACAGCAUUUCCAGGUAUAUCCUGAGAAUCCUAUGGUUGGAGUAUCGUCGCGGGUGAAGCUACUUCAGGCUGUUGGUUCCAAUUUGUUGAAGCACCCUGCAGUUUUCGGAGAGCUCGGCCGCCCAGGAAACUUAGUCGACUACCUCACAUCCAAGGCCUCCGGAUCCAAGACUCUUGACUACGAACAGCUUUGGUUCUGUCUUCAGGACCUCCUCAUCCCUUCGUGGCCCGGAAACCGCACCGUUUUCAAUGGCCAACCCAUUGGAGACGCAUGGCCUCUCCAACUUCUAUCCGAAAUCGCCGACAGCAAUGGCGAUAAGGACCCCAAGAGCAAGAUCCAGCCCUUUCACAAGCUCACUCAAUGGUUGGCCUACUCGCUCUCCGUCAUCUUCGAAAGACAGCUAGGCUUCACCUGGAAGAACAUGCAUCUGGGCACCGGACUGCCUGAAUACCGAAACGGCGGAUUAUUCGUCGAUCUCGGGGUCUUGAAGCUGAAGCCUGAUGACUUGAAAGCUGGAAAGGAAAGCUCGGGACAAGAGCUUCCGCAGUUUGAAGCCUCUGAUGAUGUUAUCGUUGAGUGGCGUGCUCUGACUGUCGCACUGCUGGAUGAACUCCACAAGAUGCUCAAGGAGAAGUACGAACCUCGUGGAGUCAGUCUGAGUCUUCUUCAGAUGUUGGAAGCGGGAAGUUGGAAGUCUGGACGGCUUUUGGCUGCCGAGCUGCGACCUGAGACUAAGUGUAGUCCCAUUCUGGUCAUUAGUGAUGGUACGCUGUACUAG